CGAAACAAGCGCAUGAGCAGACGGCAGGACUGUAUAAACGCCAUAUUACUUUGUGGAUAUAGAUCAGUGUUUUAUGUUCGAAAGAAGAGAAUUUUUAAAGACUACAGGAGUGUUAUAAUUGAUGUAAAAAUAUUGAAAUGUAUCGAUUUUACCGUGUCUGCUUCAGUCAGCUUAUAUCAUAUUCUAGAGGUAGGACUUUGUAUAUUUCUGCUUUCCCUCGUGCUACCAAUUCAGUUAACAAUAACAUAGAUACUAUCAGACCUAGAAGGGCAAUUUUGUAUGUUCCUGGUCAUGAUCGAAGGAAGAUAGAUAAACUAAGUAAUUUAAAUGUAGACUGCGCUGUUCUCGAUUGUGAAGAUGGCGUUGCUGCUAACAAAAAGGUUGAUGCACGAAAUGUUAUUCAAGAAAUUGCAGGAUCUUUUGAUUUUAAAAAAAUUGAAUUUGCUGUUCGCAUUAAUUCGAUUGACAGUGGUUUAGCGGAAGAAGAUCUGAUGUCUGUUUUGAGUGGCAAAAGAUAUCCAGACACUUUAAUGGUUCCUAAAUUAGAAAAUUCUGAUCAGAUAAUAUGGAUUAAUGAGAAAUUGAAAUUGCAUUCAAAGCAAAUUACUGCAAAAAAAUUGAAUUUAGUACUUUUCAUUGAAAGUGCAAAAAGUUUGUUAGAUCUUCGUCAAAUCUGUGAAAAGGCUGUUGACAUCUCUAAAGAUGGACUAUUUCGUUUUGAAGGCCUUGUCUUUGGAUCCGAUGAUUUUUGUGCAGAUAUAGGUGCAACACGGACGGAGGAAGCAACUGAACUCUUAACCGCAAGGCAAUUAUUUAUUCUUGUAGCUAAAUCCUUCCGAGUCCAAGCAAUAGAUAUGGUGCAUAUUAAUUAUAAAGAUGUAUCUGGAUUAAUAAAAAGUUGUGAAGAAGGAGCUCGUAUGGGAUUCACUGGAAAACAAGUUAUUCAUCCUAAUCAAGUACCUAUUGUGCAAAAAACUUUUUCUCCUUCUCCAGAAAAAGUAGAAUGGGCAAAAGAGCUCAUUCAACUUUUUAAAGAGCAUCAAAAACAGGGAAAAGGAGCGUUUACAUUUCGAGGUGCCAUGAUCGACAAGCCUUUAUUGCUUCAAGCGGAAUAUAUAGUUAAGAUGUCUGAACAGCUUAACGAUUAAGCGUCCUACUGAGAAUGACUUUGUUAUGCAUUUAUAUAUGUUAUAUAGUUUACUACUUAUAUUUUUAUGGCGAUUUUUGAAAAAAUAAAAUCUUUAUUUUUCUUA